GUAUUUAUUAAUUUCCUCCGAUCUAGCUUAUUUAAAAGCUGCUACGAACCUUCAGUGUUAAGGAAUUUGCGUGUCGCUUUCUAAACUAUGUUCAUUUUUAAUCGCUAGCUGAGGACAUCUGCUGUGCAAUAACAAAACUAACUGGUAAAGGUUUAGUACUUUAAGUACGUCAUGCGAAAGGGGAAUGCUUUUAAUUUUAUUGUCUGUUAUUGCAAAAGAAACGUGCAAGCUGUUUCGUGAACGGCAACAUUUAAAUUCAGAGUUAAGCUUUUGCGUUCCCGGUCACAGCUCUGGACAAGCAUGUUCCCGUUAGACUCGCCCUGGAACAUCUCCUUCGCAGGCUGCGGCUUCCUGGGGAUCUACCACAUCGGUGUGGCCAGCUGUCUGCAGGAGCAGGCUCCUUUCCUGGUGCAGAAUGCCAGACACAUCUAUGGAGCCUCUGCUGGGGCCCUCACCGCCACUGCUUUGGUCACUGGAGUGUGUCUCGGAGAUGCUGGGGCAAGCAUAAUUGAAGUCGCCAAAGAGGCAAGGAAGCGGUUCCUCGGACCCAUGCACCCUUCCUUUAAUCUGGUGAAGAUUGUCCGUCAUGUCCUGAAGCGGACUCUGCCCGCAGAUAGCCCCCAUCGGGCCAACGGGCGACUGGGAAUCUCUCUGACCCGUGUGGCAGAUGGAGAAAACGUCCUGGUGUCUCACUUCAACAAUAAGGAGGAGCUGAUUCAGGCAUGUGUCUGCAGUGCCUACAUCCCAGUGUAUUGUGGCCUUAUUCCUCCCACACUUCAAGGAGUGCGAUAUGUUGACGGGGGAAUCUCCAACAACCUGCCGCAGUACGAGCUGAAGAACACCAUCACGGUCUCCCCCUUUUCCGGAGAGAGUGACAUCUGCCCUCGAGACACUUCCACCAACAUCCACGAGCUACGUUUCACCAACACAAGCAUCCAGUUCACCCUCCCCAACCUAUACAGAGUCUCUAGGGCGCUUUUCCCACCAGAUCCAAUGGUUAUGAAGUCCAUGUGCAAGCAGGGAUAUAAAGAUGCUCUGCACUUUUUAAAGAGAAACGGAUUGCUUAAUUGCACCGGGCCUCAAACAGACAAAGCAUUCCUGGCCAACAGAGAAGAACUAAAGGCUUGUGAUGAAGGGAGGGCUGAGAAAAACAACGAGGCAGAAGAGAAGCCACAGGUGGAGGCAAAAGUGAUGUUUCAUGCCAGCUCCUCACUAGAUGAGCAUAUCAUCGAGUAUCUUCCACCUGCCGUGCACAAAGCUCUACUGGAGGCCUGCCUGGAGAGGAGGAGCCUGGUGCAGUCUCUGGGCAAUCUGCUCCCUGUCAGGAUGGCAUCAGCCAUGAUGCUCCCCUACACUCUCCCUCUGGAGUCUGCUGUGUCCUUGACUCUCAGGCUUCUGGAGUGGCUUCCAGAUGUGCAGGAGGAUGUGGGCUGGAUCCGAGAGCAGAUACUGAAAAUCCUGCUACGUCUUCUGCGUCAGGCUUCCAGAAACUUUUCACAGCACGUAUCUGCCAGGCUGUUCUGCCACCUGGAGCUUUACCAUUACAAGUCCCUCCCAUCCAAGCCCAGCUCCAGCAACCUAUUUCCCGCCUGGAUGAACAGCAGCGGCUCUUCAAUGCAGGACGUGUUCGACCGGUACAAGAACCGGCUAUUGUCUGGAGUUCUCUGCAUCGACAUGGACCUGCAAGGCUCCUUCAAAACCAGACGGAUCCCACCAGAGACCAGCCGCGUGGCUAGCUUUUUCCAACAAGACUUUGCAGAACACAAAGGUUAUUUUAAUCCUCAAGGUGGCAAACCUGCUAAACCUCUGAGUAGAUCUAAGAGCUUUUGGUAGGCUUCAGCUGUGAUCACAAUCCUGAUCCAGGAUUAGUGAAAAACAAAAAUAAGGCUGAAUUUUUACACUUGGAUAUGUUAAAGUUGCAAUGUCAAUAUUGCAUUUGAAAUGCAGUCAGCUACUUUGUGUAGUGUUUGGAAGUAGUGAUAUAGUACUUUGAAAAAGAAUUCAUACUUCCCUUAAGUUUACACCAACACAAAGUUGUGCAUAAUUGUGAAAUGGAAGAAAAAUUCAUGGUUUUCACUUUUUUCGCCAAUCAAAAAUACGAGAAUAGCAUGUGUUUGUAAUCAGCCCUGCUGGAGCCACGUCUCACUGCAUGUACACCUGGAAGUGUUUCGUGAUAUGUCUCUGACAGCGUUAGAUAUUCAGAGACUGACAUUUUCACCCAUUAGUCAACCUCAGUCAGAAUGGAUGGAAAGGGAACGUGAAAAGCAAGUCUUUCCUCAGAUUGUCUUUCCUCAGAUUCUCAACCAAAUUUAGACCUGGACUUUGACUGGGCCUUUCCGAUACAUAAAUAUGUUUGAGUUUCAGGUCUAAUACAUCGUCUAACAUGUUUUCUUCAAGGAUAGCCCAGUUUUAUAACUUAUGACCUGCUUUCUUAUCCUGGUGGAAGAGAAGCAUCUCCACAUCAUGGUACUGCAAUGUUUCACUGUCUGGAUGAUGUGUUCAGGGUUAUUGGCAGUGUUAGUUCUCUGCCACACAGUGUUUUUUUUGUUUUUGUUUGUUUCAAAUGCAUGCGGCAUGCCACAUGCCACACUUUUCAGAUAUUUAACUGUAAAUAAUCUCCAAAACCAUGCAUCCAUUUUCUUUCACUUCACAGUUAUGGUCAACUGUUUCAUUUUCCACUUAAAAUUCCAAAAACUACAGCGAGGUGUAAGGCGUGGCAAAAAUCUACAAAACUUCAAGAACCAUAAAUAGUUUUUUAAGGCACAGGCACAUUUACUGGGUGUUCGACAUUUUUGAACCAGUGUCUGAGUCAGAAAUAAGCCAUUAGCUACAAGCAUUCAGGGAGUAUUACAUCAACAGAAGCACACUUAAAAUUUGCACAGUUAGUCAGUCAUGCAGAAACUUGAAUUACAGGAUGUUACAAAGAUUUAGCGCAAUAAAAGAAAAGUGUUGAUGGUUUUAGUGGAAGGCAGUCAGCCACAAAGUGAAGCAGCAUUUUCCUGCCUGCAAUUACUUUUGGCUCGCAGGAAGCACUGGACAAAACGGAAAACAUUAGAGUUGGUUUGUUAAAAGCAGUUACUCCAUUUGCAUGAUGCCAUUUCCAAUGCACUAUGUUUAAAGAAAGCUUACUUUGUUUUUAACAAAUGUACUAAUGUAAAUGGCUAAAACAAAUUGAUGUGUAUGCAGUACAUGAAAGUACUGUAGUGGUCAUGUAUAUUUCCAAUCAUAGUUUUUAUGAUUUUUCAUUGUUGUUUUUUUCCACUGCUUCUCACUUUAGUUAAUUAUUUUAAAAUAUGUUUGGUGUUUUGUUCAGUGUCAAUCAUUUUUUUCAGAACUGCACAUUUUCUACUUAUUAAGUAACUAAGCUCUUUAAGUACUCGUCAUGUACAGUGUGUUUCAUUUUAAUAGAGCAUUUGAUUUGCUAAAAACAUGUUAUUUGCCAAGUCAAUGUAAUGUGCUGAAAUUGUCACCAGGUGUCAUCAUGUUUAGAAUUUGUGAUCAUAAAAUAAACUGGUACUCCCCAUGAUUAACUACA